AUGCUCAUUCUGAAUCCAAAUGAUCCUGGUUUUGCGCCUUUUGUCAGUGACCUUGAGCACAAACUCUCUAGUUCUGAUGGCUCCCAACCUAUUACCAUUCAAGGAAGUGAUGAGGAUAGAAAGCACUCACCCUCUGGUUUGCUUCCUGAACCAAGUGAUAACAGACCUACAAAUCAAACAAACACAUCGAAAAUGGGUGGUUCAAAGGUCCUACCUUUCGAGUUCAGAGUGCUUGAAAUAUGCUUGAAAUUUGUUUGCAAGGGCCUUGAAUCCGAGACAUCCACACUAGAGCAAGAAGCAUAUCCAGCUUUAGAUAAAUUAUCCAUUAGUAUCAGCAUGCUUAAUCUCCAAUGA